GCUUUCGAUUAUAUGAUUUUAAUAUUUUAUCACGCUCACUCCCAAUACUCACAGCUUUAACUUUAAAAAUAUUUUACCACUAUAACUAUAAUCUAGAUUCUAGGAGACGACACACUUUUGGGGAAGUCAGUGUUAUUGUUGAAAUGUCUUUUUCUGGAGCAACAUUUAAAACGGUAAUAUUUUGUUUAUUGUUAAUGAGUUAAUGGAUCGUAGUAACAGUAACAUCAUUUAAAUCAUUUCAUUGAAUAUUGAAUACUUAAUUAUAAUUUACACUAAAAUUAAAAACGAAAAAAAUACGUAAGCUUAAUUAAUUAAUGACUUAAUAAUUUAAACGUAAAAUUAAUUAAGAAGGCUACACAGUUAAGUUAAUUAUUAAUAUUAUUUUCUUCCUUAAAUUUUAAGCUAAGUUCCUUCUUCUUGUCUUGACGGCUUGACGGUCUCAGUGGAGUGAGUUUCCUUAGACUUAGUGAACUUAGUCACUUAGACUUAGUGACUGUGACUAAAAAUUAGUGUCUUCUUCUGAUCUAACUCUUACUCUUACUUAGUAGAAUGUCACACUCUAAUGAGUCACAGUGACUGUCAGUGUCAAGUCAUCCCGCAGCUACCCAAUUUUUGUGUUUUACUAAUCCUUUACUUUUCAAAAAACCUAGUUUUGGCUUGAUUUUAGUUAAUAAUAUUAAUAUUAUUAUUACUAAUUAGUCAGUAUGAUAAAUAUAAAUGGCCAUGGCUUACUUUGUUUACAUAUAAAAAUAUAUAUAAUACAAAUAACAAGUAUAAAGAAAUUAAAUUGCCUAUGUUACCUGUCGGGUAGGCUAGGGCAAGAAGCGCCCUAUGACUAUGGCCUAAGCAUAAUCUAUACUACAAUUCAAUAGGUAGAAUGCAAUGCUUCCUUCCUCACACAAGCCUAAGCCUAUUGGGUUGAACAUAGACAUAGGCUUAGCGGUUUCAUCAAAACCAUUUUCAACAGUAGACAGUAUAUUUAUAUCUCAACUAUAAUUUAAAUGCAAGUUCGUUCACCUUUUUUUUUUUUUUACAGUCUGUGACUACCAUAGACUAUCAUAAGGACCGCACAGCCUCAUUUUGUUACCCUAAAUGUCCCUAUUCUCUUACUUUCAUUUUAGAAACUGCUGUUACUUUAUUGCGAUAAAAUACAUUUAAAAUAGUUUGUUUUUUUUCUUCACUUUUAGGCCUAUAAAUAGUCAACUUGAAUCAAAUUUACUCUUGGGAUGAAAAACCUUUUUUUUUAAAAUCAAAUUUACUCUUGGGAUGAAAAACCUUUUUUUUUUUAUACAAUCCUUAAAAUCAUGAUUAAAAAUUAUUUUUCCCUCUUACUUUGCUUAUAUUGGAAUUUCAAUAAAGUUUCAAAUUGAGUGAACUAAGAAAUUUUAUUAAAAACUUAAGAGCAAACUAUAUGAUGGUUACUUUAGUUAGGCUGCUUCAUUUCAACUGUUUUUUUUUUUUAAUCAGCUGUUUAUCUCUCCAAUGAAAAAUAAAAAAUUUGACAGUUUUUCACUUAUGCUUUUUAACUUCCAUCAAUUACGUAUUUAGAUCAUGUCACUUCAGCAUUAAAUAAGGUUUGUCCAUUAUUGUUACGGUACCAUGUUUAAAAAUUCAUUGCUUUACAAUAAAUUUGGUUAAAAUAAGUGCCCUAAAAUUUUUCACACAUUUCUAAACAGUGAUUAACAAACCUGUUGAACUUUGGUAGAAAACCAAAGAAUCAUUACCUUAUCUUUUGGAAACUAUGUUUUUUUACUUCAAAUAUUUUUUGAACUCAUCUUCAAAUGACCGUUAAAAUUAAAGCCCAAACCUCAGCUUUAUGAAACAUUAUUAAAUGAAUUUUUGUUUUCUUAGAUGCUAUUGUACCAGCAAUAGUUUAGAGAGCAGAUCACUGAUCAAAAUGUGUUGUAAUUAUUACAAAACUACUACAAUGACAGGCUGUAUUGCUAUAUUAUAUUAAAUUAUUUAUUAAAACAUGUAAUGAACCUUUGAUCUCCUUGUAAUAUAAAGUACAAACAUAAUAGGUAGGCUCAUUAGUCAACUUUUUCAAGCAAACCCCUUGUCCACAUGGGGUGACAUCAAAUUGGACAAUUGCAAAUUUAACAGAGAUUUUCAAUCAGGUUUCAUAAAAAAUCAUGGAUGAUAGAAAGGAAAUGAGUGAAAAAAAGUAUGGGAAAACCUGAAAAGUGGAAUGCAACAAAACAAUGAAUGUGUUGGCAGAAGGCUUCAUCAGCGAACAAACAACAUUAAAAACAGAAUUAAAUAAAAGAUAACACUUAGCUGAAAUGUAGUACCGAUCGGGCAGCUAGAGGAUUGUGCUAAAUCUAAACGACCCUUUAAGUGUGACUUGUUCAGACUUAAUGCUAAGCUACCCAAGUUGACCUUAUUCCUUGCCAUUACAUUUUUAACAAUUGAUAAGAGCUGGAUGUCGUACCGCCCUCACCGGUAGUUUAUAAUCUUACAGUGAUGAAGAAUUUAUAAACCAAAGUUUCAAGUGAAAAACUCAUUAUUCCUUGACCCUGAUUGGUCAAUUAAGUAUGUUUUGUUAUCUGAUUGGUCAAUUAAGUAUGUUUUGUUAUCUGAUUGGUCUAUUAAGUAUGUUUUGUUAUCUGAUUGGUCUAUUAAGUAUGUUUUGUUAUCUGAUUGGUCUAUUAAGUAUGUUUUGUUAUCUGAUUGGUCUAUUAAGUAUGUUUUGUUAUCUGAUUGGUCUAUUAAGUAUGUUUUGUUAUCUGAUUGGUCUAUUAAGUAUGUUUUGUUAUCUGAUUGGUCUAUUAAGUAUGUUUUGUUAUCUGAUUGGUCUAUUAAGUAUGUUUUUUUAUCUGAUUGGUCUGUUAAGUAUGUUUUGUUAUCUGUUUGGUCUGUUAAGUAUGUUUUUUUAUCUGAUUGGUCUAUUAAGUAUGUUUUGUUAUCUGAUUGGUCUAUUAAGUAUGUUUUGUUAUCUGAUUGGUCUAUUAAGUAUGUUUUGUUAUCUCAGCUAUUUGAUGGAAUCAUAAAUAUCAAUAGUCAUUUUCAUGCUUCAACUUUAAACAACUUCUAAAGGCCCUUCUCUGCAAUAAACUUAGCUGGGUCUAGGUUACAUGGGUCAAACUCAAGGCCCUCGGGCCACAUCCGGAUUGCCAUACAAUUAUAUCAGACCUGCAAGGUCUUGACCGGCGUUCAAUUAUAUCCAUGUCAACGCUAUGGUGUUUCCCAAUGCACACUUUGCUGAAAAACUCAGCUUACUUCGCUUUAGUGACUUUGAAGUACAGAAAUGUAAUUUUGAGCUAUUUUGUAACCCAGUUGUCAUAGAUGUGGAAACUGCACCUGUAAAUAUGCAGAUGGAGCUAAUAGAGCUGCAGCGUAAUGGGACACCAAAGGCAAAGUACGACACAGUUGAGCCUGCACAGUUCACUCGUUUCAAUCCUGAAGAGAUGCCCCAGCUUCAUCUACAUGCGUCUUGAACCUUGAGCAUGUUGUGUAGCACAUAUAUGUGUGAGCAGCUGUUUUCUGUGAUGAAGAUUAACAAAACACCUCACAGGAGUUGUCUCACUGAAGAACACUUGCAGUCCAUCAUGAGAAUCUCAAUGACACAGAACGUUACUACCAACAUAAACGAACUUACUUGUUUUUGUAGCCAAGAAAAUGUGCCAAACAUCAGCUCUAACAAAUUGGCAUUAGCACGAAAAUGGGUAUGCCAAUGAUUUUUAAUUAUUAAAACUUAUUUUCUGUUUACAUUAAUUUAUUUAAAUGUUUUUAAAAAAAGACUAAUUUUCCGCUUAUUGACUGUUUAUCAUGUCCGGCCCGCAACCUUACACGUGAUUUGAGUUAUGGCCUGCCGAGCGAUUGAGUUUGACACCGCUGGUCUAGGUGGUUAAAUCUUUAUACAACUUACCUGGGUCUAAGUGAUUAUAUCUUAUAUAAAUUUCCAAUUUUAGCCUGAAGAUAUUGAUUUUAAAAUCAGCUAGAGCAGCGGUUCCCAACCUCAAGGGACCGUUUUAAAAUCCAUUUCUAUGGGGGAGUCCCUUAUGCCUACACUAUGUCUUAAAAGUUAAUGGUGUUACGAAGUUUACUUAAGCUGCCGCGAGUCCUGAGAAGUGGGAAGUACACAUUUCGAACCAAUGAAAUAGAGAGUCUGAUGAAUUUCAUACAGCGUCUUAAGCUCAUCUAUCAUUCUGUCCUUCUCAAUCGCCUUUGAACUUUUAAAGCUGUUCCUAAAGCUCAAAGCAUAUUAUGUUUUUAUAAUUUCUGAAUUCUGUUGAUCUUUUUAUAUGAAAUAACAUUAAUUUCCAAUGCCUUACUUAAAUGUUAUCAAAUGUUCUUGUAUGUUGCUACAACUUUGUUGUAGGCAGCAACCAAACUCAGUGCAACAUGUUAUUUAAACCACAAGUCUGUAGUUAUCUUAAUGACAGAGCUGUAUUUUAAAAAAUAUCCAAGCUAUUAUAAUUGUCAAUGUGUUUUCAAACUCAUAAGGAUAAAAAUAUUAUUUGCCUUAUUUAUGAAUGUUUUGUUUUCCAACAUAUUCUAUUCAUACAACUAUUCUCUUAUAUGAUGCAUUCAAAAUAAUUUUAGGAUUGAAAAAAUGGCCAAUUCCAAUAAGUACUGGCAUAUGAUAAUCAAGCUAUAAAAAAUUCAUUUUCAAUUUAAACAUUGUGUAAGUCUAAAGGGGUACAUUUUUCAUCUAGGGUCCUUUUACCAAUAGAUAGCUGACAAGCAAUGGAAAAUAUAAAGGCCUUCAACCAGUAGAGGAAAGAUUAUUAUCCCACAAACAAAACUAGGAGUAACUUUGCUGGAAGAAUUAUUUAAAGCAAAAUGCAUUUGUCAAAAAAAAAUUAUUAAUUUGAAUAUGCAUCCCACCCACUUCAUGAAUGACAGUUAGCUGUACUUACGAUCAGCUUGUUCAGCGUGAAUUCUUUACCUCAAAGAAAGGACGUAAAGGCAUAAACAUUCCUUUUGUGACAUCGGAUGGCAGGACAAAGUGACUAACACAGAGGUUUUGGAACACUCCAAAAUGUGUAGCAUGUUCUCCACUCUUUCUAAGAGGAGAUGCCUUUGCUGGUUAGGCCUUAUCCCAAAGAGAGGAGGUGCCUUUGCUGGUUAGUCCUUAUCCCAAAGAGAGGAGGUGCCUUUGCUGGUUAGUCCUUAUCCCAAAGAGAGGAGGUGCCUUUGCUGGUUAGUCCUUAUCCCAAAGAGAGAAGGUGCCUUUGCUGGUUAGGCCAUAUCCCAAAGAGAGCAGGUGCCGUUGCUGGUUAGGCCAUGUCCCAAAGUAAUGGAGAGUUGACAGGGGGGGGGGGCGCACAAUUUAUUGGAUGGCUGUGGCUACGCUUCACGGAUGUUUGCAAAAGGAACAGGAGGGAAGCUAGCAUAGCAAUCAGUGAAUGGGAGAUCAUCGCUGGUAACUUUUGCAACACUGUGUGAGGGAAUCAAAUAGGCCGGAGAUGCAUAGAAUGAAGGUCUUACAACAAAAAUAGCAUUAUGUUAGGCCAUAGUUAACCAGAAUGAAUGGUUCUCCUGCGAGAAGUGCAGCCGAGACUGCCAUUCGAUGAUCUGUCUCAUAAGCCUUUUGAUGAAGUGUCAAUAACCUACUCCGUCCUCUCACAAAGAUGGAAUGAUGUCAUAUUAAGCUUAAUUGAAAAUGACAAUGCAUACAAUGUAUGCAUGCCAAUUAAUUAAAGAAACCCUCCCUUAUAUUGUCUUCAUUAAAUGAUGAAAUGAGUUGAACAAAUAUUUUAGAAUUCUUUUAGGAACUGACAUUGUAAAACUUGUUCAUUUUUUAAUAAAUUAAUUGACUGUCUUAUCUUAUCUUCAUACUAUGUUACAAUGUUAAGACAUCUUAUGACAAUGUUAUGACAUCUUAUGACAAUAUUAUGACAUCUUUUAUCAUCUAUUUUUAUGUUGUAAUCUUUUUCCUAUCUUACGAUUAUUUGAUUCCAAAAAUUGUUUCAGAAAGCAGUCUCAGAAGUCAUUAGUCAACAUUUUAAAGAUGAAAAGGUGACAGGUAUGAAUUGAAAUAAAGUAUACUUUAGUAAAUGAUGAAUUGAAAUAAACUAUACUUAAGUAAAUGAUGAAUUGAAAUAAACUAUACUUAAGUAAAUGAUGAAUUGAAAUAAACCAUACUUUGGUAAAUGAUGCCUUGAAAUAAACUAUACUUAAGUAAAUGAUGAAUAGAAAUAAACUAUACUUUUAGUAAAUGAUGAAUUGAAAUAAAGUAUAUAGUAAAUGAUGAAUUGAAAUAACUUAUACUUUAGUAAAUGAUUAAUUGAAAUAAACUAUACUUAAGUAAAUGAUAAGUUGAAAUAAACUAUACUUUAGUAAAUGAUGAAUAUAAAUAAAGUAUAAUUUAGUAAAUGAUGAAUUUUAAUAAGUAUACUUUAUACAUUUAAGUAGGAUCCUGAUCAUCAUCAGUGGCGCCACAGCCCAUGCAGAGCCCUGGCCUGCUCCACCACAUCCGUACAUUCGGAUCGAUCCAUGGCUUUCCAUCUCCAUGCACAAACCCCCAACUGGUGUAAAUCCUUUUCUACAUCGUCAAUCCAUCUCAGCCUUGGACGGCCGGUGAGCCGUCUGCCUCUAGGCUUCUACCUGUAUAUCACUUUUGCUGCUCUACAAUCUGGCAUCCUUUCAAUAUGUCCUGCCCAGCGCAGUCUGCCUUUUUUUAUUGUUGCAACUAUGGGUGGGUCUUUGUACAAUUGGUAUAGCACUUGGUUUGUAUGGAUUCUCCAGACAUCAUUGUCUAUCACAGGGCCAUAUAUUUUCCUGAGCAUGUUGUCUGCUUUUCUGGUAAGGGACCAAGUCUCUCUAGUGUGAGUUACUACUGGCCUUAUGAUCGUGGUAUUUAAUAUUGUCCUCUUUGUUCCCUUGAGAAGUUUUUGCUUCCCAGUAGCUUUUGUAGGCUGAAAUAGGAACGGUUGCCUGCCGUUAUCCUUUCUUUCACCUCUGACAUUAUUUCAUUGUGCUCGUUUAUAAUCGCCUCUAGGUAUUUGAAAGUAGCCACUCUCUCAAAUAGAUCUCAAUAUUGUAUAUCAGCUUUCUGUACAUUUUUCAAUAUCUUCAAAUGUUACUGGUCUUAUUUAAGCUGUAUUGAAAUACAGAGAUCGCUGGUGAACUGCCCCUGUCAUCUUCUUUAUUUUUAUCAUAAAAUAUGCCAUAGAGUAUCGUCAUACAAACACAGACUGACCUCUGUCACACCAUGAAAACAAUACUGACCCCUGUCACACCAUGAAAACAAUACUGACCUCUGUCACAUCAUGAAAACAAUACUGACCCCUGUCACAUCAUGAAAACAAUACUGACCCCUGUCACACCAUGAAAACAAUACUUAUUGACUUAAUUACUUAUUUUUGCUCCCAAAAAAACCAACACAAUCAUCAUCUUUAAUUUUUACACUACAGUCAGCUUAUCCCGAUGAAGUACCUGCCGAUAAAUUGUCCUGCUACCUGAGAAAUAAUGCCGCGCACCAAGGAUAUUUGGUGUCCAAUUUUUCAGUCUCUUUCUUACAAUUGAAACAAUAUCUAAACUUAAAUCUACAAUAAUUGAUUCUCUUAUUCAAUGACUCAGUGAAAGGAAGUGCUCUAGUCCUGGUCACAGAGCUUCUCAGGAUAUUUACUAAAGGUAAACUUGAUCUUUGGAUUUAUUGCAAUUUAAUUUCUUUUGAAACCAGGAAACCAGAGUCACAGUGCUUUUUUAAUAUUAAUGUAAUACUAGAUUUAGAAUGCAUUAAUCUCUUUCAAUGAUUAAAUUCAGACUUUUUUUUAUAUAGUAAUACUAGAUUUAGAAUGCAUUAAUCUCUUUCAAUGAUUAAAUUCAGACUUUUUUUAUAUAGUAUUAAUAGAUUUAGAAUACAUUAAACUCUUUAAAUUAUUAAAUUCAGACUUUUUUAUAUAGUAAUAAAAGAUUUAGAAGACAUUAAACUCUUUAAAUCAGGCCUGCACAACAUAUGUCCAGCGGGCCGAAUGUGGCCGGAAGUCUGCGAAGUAACGAAAUAUUCUUUAUUAUUAUUAUUUUAUUAAUAGCUUUCCCCCUGUCUUAGCAUCAUUCGGCCCGCACAAGCUUUUCAUAAAGUAAUAUUGCCCGCACAGGAUUUUCAUAAAGUAUUACGGCCCGCCUUACAUUUUGAGUUGUGCAGGCCUGCUUUAAAUGAUUAAAUUAAGAAUUUUUUUAAUUAGUAAUAAUCGAUUUAGAAUACAUUGAACUCUUUAAAUGGUUAAAUGCAGACUUUUUUUAUAUAGUAAUUAUAGAUUUCGAAUACAUGAAACUAUUUAGUUAUUAAGUUCAGAAUUUUGAUAAUAAUUAAAACUUUCUACCAUAAAGUAUUUUGUGAUCAUUACAUAACUGGCAUUACUAGAGAAUUGCUAUAUAAGUGCUCAAAAUGGCAGUGGAUAUAUAUUAGGCCAAUGUAUAUAUAUAUAUGCAAAUAUUUUAUAUAAAUCUAUAAGGAUUCUUGAAAAAUGUUAAAAUAAUUUAUGAAUUCAAAAUUCUCAUCUUCCCUCUUAUAAUAUUGGAUACAUAAAUAUAUAAAUAUAGUAUUAGUAAUAUAUAUUAUAGCCAAGUGUUUAUUCACAGAAGCCCUAUCAAGAGCUGCGGACCAGGCUAAGGUGGGUCAUUUAUGUUUACAGAAGUCACAAUUUGUUUUUUUGAAAGGUUCAUCAAGAACAAAUGACUAUUCCAAUUUUUAAAAAGAUGUAACUACUGUAAUUCAACAUCUGAUAGAUGAUCCUUCAAUAUCUCUUUAUGAUUUAGGGAAAUAUAUACAGAUUUGAUGGAAUUCUCGUACCAAUAUAAUGUGUGGUGAGGCUGCGCGUAUCUGUUGUUGUUAUUAUAAAUGAGGGAUUUAGUGUAGGUUUUAUUUUGUGACUGGAGCUCAAGUAAAUCUAAACAAGGGACAGAGUGGUGGAGUGUUGGGGAACAAUGUCUUUACUAUUGCCCAUUUGACAUCUUAUUAACUAUGCAUAAGAAUUGCGUGUACAAGCAAUUUAACAGGUAGCAUAGUUGGGCAACAAAGCUGUAAUAGAGUGGGACCACAAAGCUGGUAGAAGAAUGGGGCAACAUAGCUGAAAUAGAGUGGGGCCACAGAGGUGGUAGAAGAAUGGGGCAACAUAGCUGUAAUAGAGUGGGACUACAAAGCUGGUAGAAGAAUGGGGCAACAUAGCUGAAAUAGAGUGGGGCCACAGAGGUGGUAGAAGAAUGGGGCAACAUAGCUGAAAUAGAGUGGGGCCACAUAGGUGGUAGAAGAAUGGGGCAACAUAGCUGUAAUAGAGUGGGGCCACAUAGGUGGUAGAAGAAUGGCGCAACAUAGCUGUAAUAGAGUGGGGCCACAUAGGUGGUAGAAGAAUGGGGCAACAUAGCUGUAAUAGAGUGGGGCCACAUAGGUGGUAGAAGAAUGGGGCAACAUAGCUGUAAUAGAGUGGGACCACAAAGCUGGUAGAAGAAUGGGGCAACAUAGCUGUAAUAGAGUGGGGCCACAUAGGUGGUAGAAGAGCGAGGCAACAUAGCUGAUAGAAGCAGAAGAAUGGGGCAAAAUUGUAAUCAAGUUUUUUAAAAAUUUGAAGUACAAAUUAUAUAUUACUAUUACAAAUAUUUUUAUUAAUUUAUUUUAAAACUUUGGAGCUUGAAAGAAAGAAAUUUGACUAGCACCGCUUCAGAAAAAAGAUCCGCUCUGAACUCCAAGCUCCGCUUCAUCAAAAAGACCCAGCUCCAAGCUUUGCUCCAAAUCCCUAUUUUUAAUGACAUUUUGCUCCAUGAUAUAAUUUUGUAAUAACCAUAGGUGUUUAAAAAAAUGUUACAUUCAUUGUUCUGAUACAUUUUGUUUAAGAAUGAGGGAGACCAAAGAGUGACAAUAGAACACUUGGAGAAAGUCCUACCACAGCUUGUA